UAAGGGGGGAACCACUGGCCUGAGAGUCACUGGGGAAGCUGGUGGGCUGGCAGCAAUGUACUCCCUGGCCCUGCUUCUGUGUGUGGCUGCUCUGACCCACUCUGCUCUUGCAGUGAAAGUCUGUCCCAAGCCACCAGAAGUGCUGUUCGCCACAAUCAAUGUGGUCAAAAAUGAGUAUAAUGUGGGUGAAGAAAUAGAAUACACCUGCAGGCCAGGGUUUGUCCCCAACAACGGCCAGAGGAAGUACAUCUGCCAGCCCAAUGGCAGGUGGCCUCUCAACACGCUCUUAUGCCUACCAAAGAGAUGUCCCACCCCUGGACUCUUGCAGCAUGGAACAAUUGAUUCUAGAGAUUUCCACUACCAGAGUUCCUUAAGUUUUUCAUGUGACCCAGGUUACAAUCUCGUUGGGUCAAGGACAAGCCAAUGCAUGUCAGAUGGCAAGUGGAGUGGAAUCCCCCCCCAGUGUCAACCUGUGACUUGUGCACCUCCCUCAAUUCCUGAAUUUGGAGUCCUUUCUUACCGUCUCUUAAAGCCUGGAAAUAUUUCUUACUUUAUGGACACAAUUGUUUUCGAAUGUGUACCACCUCUGGCACUUAUUGGAAAUGAGACAGCAACCUGCCAAGCCAAUGGCACCUGGAGCAGCAUUCCGGAAUGCAGGGCUGUCACUUGUCCUGCUCCAACUGGAAUAGAAAAUGGGUUCUUGAAUUUUGCUGUUCGUAGAACAUAUCACUACAAUGAAAGUGUCAGCUUCAGCUGCCAGUCCAGAUAUGUGCUGGAGGGACCUAAGCACUCCCGAUGUGAGAAGACAGGGAACUGGUCCACAAAGCCAUCCUGCAAAGAGCCAUGUAAAAUUCCAGUAAAGAAAGCUGUAGUAUUAUAUGAAGGGGAGAAGAAACGAGUUCAGAGUGAUCUUAAGGAAGGCAUCAUGCAUGGUGAAACUAUAUCCUUCUACUGCAAGAAUAAAGAGAAAUCCUGUGCCUACACCGUGCCUGUUCAGUGUGUGAAUGGCAAUCUCACUCUCCCUUUCUGCUUCAAAGAGCGUGGCUUCUUUUCAAGCCUUGUUAAGACGGACCCAUCGAACAUGAAACCAUGCGAAGAUCUGAAAUGAGUCAAAGAAGUAAAGCAGUACCGAAUGUCUUACAGACACAGAUACGUGGAUACACAGGACAACUUAAGACCUCUGAGUGUAAAUUCCAGGCAAACCUGGGAAGAGCUGAGUACGCAGUCUCUGCUCUUUCCCCUGCUGCUGUUAUCCCAGCCUCCUUCACAAGCUGUGACUCAUUAUUUCAGCCAUUAACUUCCUCUGCCUCCUUCAGCAUCCCUGCUACACUACUUCUCUUUCAAUAUUUCCAGCUUUUAUGUCAUUGUAAAUGAUCUUCUCAAUAGCAACCCCUUUAGAAUAAAGUAACUUUUGGCCAA